AACACUGGUUGAAUAUCUAGGUAGUUACAUAUUUGGAUAAAUAUUAUAUAGCUUGAGAAUAUAAUCCAAUAAAAGAAAACAAUAACUAAUUAUAAUAGCAGAUUUGUAUAAGCUACGAAAGUAAAUAGCACUUGUUAAACUCCACCAUGUGUUCGACAUUGUAUUGCAUGUUGUAUUGAAAAUUAAAAAUUGAAUAAACGUUUGUAUUAAUUUAAUCGUGUCAUUACACCAGUGUCGAAGCAGAUAUGCAAUAGUAAUAUUCAUGACCAAGGCACCGGAACUACAAAUGUGAAUUUAAGAUCUAAAGAAAGACAAAAACAUAAUUCGUUCACUACACCAUAAAAAUACGAUCUACAAAUUUACUGAAAAUUUUACCAUAUAGCGAACAAAAUGCUAAAAUGUUGGAAUUAUUAUCUGCUUUUAUUUUUCUGUAUGUGGAAAAAUGUUACCACUCUAACCGAUGACACACAUAAAGUACCUGUCGUUUCAAAUCGCUACAAUACCCACCAAAAAAUCAAGCCGCAAACAAACUUAAACCCACACCACUUAUCCAAUGAGGCUUCGCAAAGCUCGUAUAUUCAACAUGAAUCUCCUUUGUAUACAGUACACAUGGGAACUGAAUCAUCGGUAACAACACCAAAAUCUCCGUCUGUAGGAUUACAAGUCUCUAAUAAUGCUGGAAGUGGUAAUGGACAUUCGACUCAUAUAGAGCAACAUUUGCAUAGGAGUUCAUACAAUCUAUUAAGUGAAGCCAUGUCGCAGGCUGUCAGCAAUGAAUUCAAUUCAAUUGGAAGUGGUUCUGCAGAUGGUGCUUGCAACACAGAAGAAUUUGACUGCUAUAACGGAAAUAUACAGGAUCGGUUUGGCAUGGAGGCGAUUGCCAGCUUGCAUCGUCAACUUGAUGAUGAUGAUAAUGGAAACAUUGAUUUGAGUGAAUCAGAUGAUUUUUUGCGGGAAGAGUUGAAGUAUGACUCAGGCUAUGAAAAACGGCAAAAGGCGUUUCAUUUUAAUGAUGACAUGCAUAUAUCUGUCAAAGAGCUGUGGGAAGCGUGGCUGAGAUCAGAGGUACAUAACUGGACUAUUGAACAGACUACAGACUGGUUGGCCCAAUCUGUACAGCUCCCACAAUAUGUAGAUCUCUUCAAGCUGCAUAAAGUUACUGGUGCUUCUUUGCCAAGGUUAGCUGUGAAUAACUUGCAGUACGUAAGCAAUGUCCUUGGCAUUAAAGAUCCCAUUCAUAAGCAAAAAAUUUCACUAAAGGCAAUGGAUGUAGUGCUCUUUGGCCCACCACGAGAAACCGGUACGCGUUGGAAGGACUACAUAUUGGUGACUCUGUUGUUAAGCGCUAUUAUUGGUUGUUGGUAUGCUUACCAGCAAAAUAAAAAUGCCAAGCGUCACCUACGACGUAUGGCACAGGAUAUGGAAGGAUUGCAGAAAGCCGAGCAAAGUCUACAGGAGAUGCAGAAGGAGCUAGAGCGGGCUAGAAUGGAACAGGAAAAUGUGGCAACGGAAAAAAUGGAUCUAGAACGGCGUCUUAAAGAGGCACCCUCUCUUAGCUCAUCAAAUUCAGACUUAGAAGUGUUGCAGCUAAAAAAAGAAGUUGAAAUGUUGCGAAAUGAAUUGUCGCGGGCCGAGUUCGAGUUGGUUGAUAAUUGCUGGGCCCCACCUCCGCAGCUUCAAUCAUGGUUGCAAUACACAUAUGAACUAGAAAGUAAAAAUCAUCAAAAGAAGCGUGCAUCUGCAGAGAAGCAGCUUCAGUCAGCAAGAGAGGCAUGUGAAAAAUUACGUAAGAAGCGUUCGAGUUUGGUAGGAGCAUUUGUGUCUACCCACGGGAAAAGUAUUGAUGACGUUGAUCGUUCAAUUGUUGAGGCACGCAAUGCCCUAGGAGAAGUAACAAAUGAACUACAAGAACGCUUGCAUCGCUGGAAACAAAUUGAAACGUGCCUUGGAAUAAACAUCGUAAAUAACAAUGGAUUGUCAUAUUUGGAAAAUGUGCUGUAUGGUCGCAAUGGUGGCUUACAAGGUUCGAUUGGUGUAAGUGGUGCAAAAGGAUCAAGAACACGAAUUACUAGCAGUACUGAUGACCUAGAUGACGAGUCCGUGCAAGGUAAGCUGAACUUUGAGAACUUUUCACUGCUCGCUACGGAAUAAACCAGCUGCGUCCGAUUGCCACAGGCAGAACAACAGCUCAUCAAUAAAAAUACAAGCAAACUGACAACUUACAGAUAGUAAGAAACAGAGCUGGAUUGCCCUUUAUUUUUUGAGCCUUAUUGAAAUUUAAAAAAUAUCAGAUUCUUGUUAAUGAAGGUCAUGUAUUAACGAUUAUAUAUAAAAUUGUAAUAUAAAUUUGUAUCUUAUUAUUGAUGUAGUUAAAAUUGCAUCUAUUAUGUUAUAUACAAAUAUUUUUCAAACACUAGCACAAAAGACGUGAUAUACUUUGAAAUGUUAUGCAC